AUGAACCGUUUCUCAAGAGCAGAAUUAAAUUCAACCCUACGUCCUGUCUUACUAGAUAAUGAGACCAUUUUAGCGAUACAAGACAAUGUUGGACUUUACGAUGGCAACGAAAAGGCAAUUGAUUAUAUGAAAGGCACGGUGUACCUAACUUCACACAGAAUUAUUUAUGUGGAUUCCCAAAAUCCGACCACUAAUUCAAUCACUGUUGAAAUAAAACUUAUCAAAGGAAGGGAAUUUUAUAUAGGCUUCGUCAAAUCCUCACCAAAGAUCACUUUACGAUUCUCGGAUAUAACCUCUCCCUAUUCCCUAUCUGACAAUCAGUUAUAUGCUAGUUCUCCAUCUUCUUCCGUUUCUAAUUUACAAAGCAUCUUAACAUCUUCAUCAUGGAUAUGUUCUAUCUGUUCUUUCAUAAAUAAAAAUCAAGACAUUAAAUGCCAACUAUGUGGUGUUAAACGUAUUGAACCUACCAUCUCUUCAACUUUAAGUGUCAAAUCUGAUUUUGAGGGUUCCGUUGGUCAACAACAACGCUCUCCAUCUCCUAAUAUCCCAACUGAUGAAAUCGGAAUUGCAUGUGACGUGUGCACAUUUUUGAAUCAUCCAAGCAUGAUUAAGUGUGAGGUGUGUGAAGCCGAUUUGAGAACAUUUGAUAUUAAUAAUUUAAAUUUAGAAAAUGAUGUCGAUGCAUCAAAAAAUAUUAAAGCUGCAAAAAACAAUGAUAAAUCUGAUUUUGUGAGAUUGGCAUUUCGUGAUGGUGGUUCAAAUGCUUUUUAUGAAAAAUUGAAAUCGGCGAUGGCGACGAAAGAAUGGGAGAAAACACCAGAAACGUCGAACACAAAAGUGUCAUCAGAUUUUGAUCCAGGACUUGGAGGGCUUAUUGGUAUAAUUCGUAAUGCAGAACAGAAUCAAAAGGAACAAAAGGAAACAUUGAAUCAGGCUUUUAAAGAUUUGGAUGGACUAAUGGCGAAAACAUCUGAAAUGGUUAAACUUGCAGAAUCAACCAAGAACAAACUGAGCAAGGAGCUAGAUUCAGAGAAUUCAACAGAUGAAGUAGCCGUUUUUAGAACAUAUUUGAUCGAACUAGGAAUACCAAAUCCUGUAACAAAAGAUUCUGCAGGAUCUGCAUAUCACAAAGAACUAGCACGACAACUUGCCGAGUUCUUGGAUAAUUUAUUGGAAAAGGAAAAUGGCAUGAUGUCUUUGACAGAUAUUUAUUGUCUUUUUAACCGAGCGCCAUUGAUAUCUCCCGAAGAUUUGUACAAAGCAUGUUCCCUAUUUGAACGUUUAGAUUUACCAAUGCGAUUACGAAGAUUUGCAAGUGGCUUGAUGGUCGUUCACGAUGAACAAAUCGCUCAACGUAUUUUGCAGCAUAUAAAAACUACAGGUCCAUUGACUGCUAUUGAAUUAGCUUCAUUGGUCAAAAUGAGCGUUGCCUUGAUAAAUGAGCAAUUGCAGAUGGUUGAAGCAAAAGGUCUUAUCUGUAGAGAUGAUAGUGUUGAAGGAGUUAGAUUUUAUGAUAAUUUGAUAAUAAAUUUUCAAUGGGAAAGAAAUAACUAA